AUCGUCGUCUCCCCCAUCCCCCAUCGUCGUCUCCCCCAUCCCCGGGCCUUCGUCCGGCAUGAUCCGGGGCGGGGACCGCUUGGGGCCCACGGUCCUUCUCUGUCUUUUUGGAAUUCUGUGCGAAAGCUACGGCAGCCCCAGGAGUCAUGUGGAAGCCCAGCGUUUGGAAAGAAAAAGGAGCAUUUUUAAAAGGGAAGUGAAUUGCUCCAGUGACCAAUACUUCACAAAUGGUCUCUGCUGUGAGAAGUGUCCGGCCGGUUCGGUGGUAGCCCAACACUGCAACGCCACCGGGAACAAACCAAAGUGUGAAGGCUGCAAAGAUGGGUUCGAUUUCAUGGACCACAGUAAUGGACUCGGAAAAUGCCUGCGAUGUGGCACUUGCGAUGAAGUGGUUGGCUUGAUAGAGGAAGAGCCCUGUCGAAAAACGCAGAAUGUGAAAUGCAGAUGUAAGGAAGACUAUAUUUGUUCAGAUUCACCAUGCGUUCACUGUACUGCUUUGCCAACAGAGACUGGAUAUUCAGCCUUGUGGUUCCUGAGUCUUCUACCACUGAUCCUGGCGCUGGGGUGUGCGAUAUAUUUUUUAUGUAAGAGAAGAAAAAAGAAGAAAUUCCAGCUUGUUAAAUACAAAGAGUUUGAAAUGAUUCCUAUUCCUUAUCCAGAUAUCGACCUGAGCGGUCAUAUCAUUGAUAUUGCCGACCGGAUGACAAUAAGUGACGUCAAAUGCUUCGUUCGGAAGAACAACAUGACUCCGGUCAUAAUGGAUCAGAUACUUCACGAUCACUUGCACGACACAGCAGAGCAAAAAGUGCAGUUGCUUCGGCGCUGGUACCAAUCUCACGGGACGAAAGGGGCAUUCAGAACUCUCAUCACCAGCCUCAGAGAAGCCAAACUGUGCGCCGUCGCGGACGAGAUUAUGAAGUCAGUGGAGGGGGCUGAAAACGGGAACACCCACGCCUCCGUGGCAACGUCAGGCGAGGCCUAAGGUGACCAGCGGUCAUUAGGUCCUGCUAGAUAUGAAGUCGAUAUAAGCGCCUACUCAACAUUGCGCUGGGUUGACCGACGGUGAGAUUGCCGGGGAUUUCGUACCCAGUCGUCACCGUCUGAACUGAAAAAUGGUGGGCUCACCUAGGAUGAGGCUUAAACUCAUCUUUCAACACUCAGGGAGUAACAGGACCCAAGCAACGUAGGGGACGGAAGAACACCUACCUACACUAAUCACCCCUCCUCACUCUGCAUCCACCCUCCUCUCUCCCAGCCCUCCGGAAUGAAGCUCAGAGUCUUUCCUGCUUAUUCCCGCUUAUAAGCCAGGGAUUUCUUUGCAGAGUGGUGACUGGGGGCGGAUGGGAGGAGCUAGCGGGGAGAGAGCCCCAAAAUGUGUCCCUACAGAAGCUGCUGGGGACCUCACGUUUACAUGAAAAGAGCCUCCAACCGAUUCAGGAGCUGCAGGGUACGUUCAUUCAUUCAGUCGUAUUUAUUGAGUACUUACUGUGUGCAGAGCACUGUACUAAGCG